CGGAUGUCGGUAGCUGUAGCGCGUAGUGUUGGCAAGGCAAGGUUUUAUGAGGAGAGUGUGUGCGGUAGUGGAUAAAUGGUGUAGUGGAUGUGUGUAAGAUGAGCAGGACUCCUGGUAAAAAUAAUAUUGAAGCGGAAUUUGUGCAAAUAGACUCGAUUAGAGCGUGGACGCAGCUGUACCAGCGCAUAAGGGAUGAGAGUUUAAACAAUGAUUACACACUCAUUGAAGCAAAGAAAGCAGAAAACAAGAAUCUUAACAGGUAUAGAGAUGUCAGUCCAUAUGAUCAUAGCAGAGUUGUUCUCACAAAGGGAUCCUGCAACUAUAUCAAUGCAAAUCUUAUCACGAUGGAAAGGGCACACCGUCGGUAUAUCUUGACACAGGGCCCUUUGCCACAUACAACAGGCCAUUUCUGGUUGAUGAUUUGGGAACAGAAGUGCAAAGCAGUGCUUAUGCUAAACAGAAUAAUAGAAAAGAAUCAGGUUAAAUGUCAUCAGUACUGGCCUUCAGGUACAAAACCAGGUGUGGAUGAGAGACUGGAAUUGAAAGAUGUUGGCCUUGUUGUAGAGUUUGUCUCAGAGACUGAAGCCUCAUACUAUACAACAAGAGUUCUGAGGUUGAUAGAUGAAGUGACUGGAGAGAGCCGGCAGAUUCUACAGUUCCAUUAUACUACAUGGCCCGACUUUGGCGUGCCAGAGAGCCCAACAGCAUUCCUAAAUUUCCUGACUGUAGUUCGACAGAGUGGUGCACUGGACCAGAAUGUAGGGCCACCAGUUGUGCAUUGCUCAGCUGGAAUAGGGCGUUCUGGUACUUUCUGCCUUGUCGAUUCUUGCCUUGUUCUUAUUGAGGAGAAUGGUCUCGACUCAGUAAAUGUUGUGGAUGUGCUACUGGAAAUGCGGAAGUUUCGUAUGGGCCUCAUUCAGACGCCGGAUCAGUUAAGAUUUUCUUACUUGGCAAUUAUUGAAGGUGCGAAGAAACUAAUUAACAACAAUCCUUUGCAUGAUUACAAUAAUGUGGAGGACACAUCUUUGAAUCAUCAUGAUGGUUCAACAGAGGAGACUUCAGCAGAUGAAGAUGACACAGAUGAACCACCUCCAUUACCUCCACCACGAGGUGAUUCAUUGACACGGUCUAAGUUGGCUACAAAUAAUCAUGGUAUGAAUGGAGGAUUUGAAGCCAACAAACCACUUCCUGUGGAACCUGAGGUCUCUCCAGAGCAGGAGAGUGUGGAAAGAUUGCUUGACUCAGCACUUCAAGAUAAGGAAGCCAGUGAUGAUACACCUCAGCUACGACAUCGAAGGCAUGAGCGCCAGGAGCGGCUUUUGAGGCUGACAGGACGUAUACGUGAAAUAAAGCGUAAACAAGAAGCUGCCGAACGUUCAGAACAACUGUGGAGGUCUCUGUCAAAGCCAUUAGCUGUUGGUUUUGGUCUUGGGCUUGUUAUGGGCGGAGGCUGGAUUGCUUACUGUUACUUCUCUAACCGUGUUUGAUCAAGAAAGAGAUCAUCAAACCCUGGAGGUGUUUGUGCUGCACUGUCGGCAUAUAGGAUAUCUCUUUUCAGUGUAAUACAUUAAUUUAUGCAUGUUGGGUAAUGAUGUCACUGUGGUUAAAUUACUGUGGACUGGUUGGUGUUUUAUAAAUGCUAAACAGACUGUGUUAGUUGGGAGCGAUUAUGACAUUUUCAUUAUUUCUGCUAGCAUUAAGUCUGUGUUUUUUGUCCACCGACUCUUUGAGAUGAAUAGUUGGCAAAUUUUGUGUGCAGGUGUUUCGAAAAAUGUAACUGGUGAUGUUUGUCCCAUUGAGAAAAUGGUGUUCAGUGACGGUUUUGGAGUAUAGAUACUAUCAGUUGACAAACAUUGCCCUGGGUAAAUGUGAUGUACUGCGUUACAUCAUAUAGGAGUUAAAUUUGCUGCGUGGGCUGCCCCCUUAUUGGAUUGGAUGUUUUUUUAAAAAUAUACUUAAAAGUAAUUUUUAAAUGUUUUGCUCCAGGAAUUUUUCUUGUCUUUUCUUCUACAACAUUCGAAAUGUGGUCAACUUUUAAAGAAAACAAACCUCUCAAAGUGUCAAUUACUGUGUGUUGCAAGUGAAGUGGAACAAGACCUGUUAUUUUGUUUAGAAGUGCAUCAAAUAUGUAAGUGUUUGGCUGUUACUAAUAAAUUGCUCCUCUUGGCAAAAUUUAGAGCAAUCCAUCUUUUUGUUGGUAGGCAUUCUGUGUGACCUUGAAAUCAUUUAUCUUUCUUACUUGUAAUUUCAAACCAAUACAGAUGAAUUACAGGAAUUAAACAAGCAUUAGUUUAGACAGUAGUCUUAUUCUGUUGUUCACUUGGUACAGUGGAGCAUAUGUUUCUUAUUUUAAAAAAUAACUACUGCUGAUAUUGCAUUCACAAAUCACCAAUUCCAUUACCCAAAAUUGUUAUUAGAGGGGUUCUUGAGUUGUACACAUUUUGUGUAAACCUUCACCUGUUAGCCACCAAAUUUAGAGAUGUACUGGGGUGGGGGCAAUUUCUUGCUGUUGAGGCUGUAUGGAUUUUUAUUCAACAUAGUGAUGAAAGGAAAAUGGUCAGAUUCGAAGGAACGAAAAAAAAAAGUUUGUGAUACAGCAGCAGUGUUGUUCUUUCAUACCUUUGUCACAAAUGUGAGUUGAUUGGGAAUGAGUGGUGAUGUGUUUUGCUGCUUGUAUUAUCAUUUCAGUAAUGCACAAAUUUUUGUUAAGAUUUUGUAUUUUAUUACUUGAAAAGUUUAAUGUUCAGUGUGAGUGCCUGUAAAUUUCUCACCUUAGGUGGGGAGCCUGUAUAUGAAAAUUUUCCUUUUAUUUCUGCUGAGCUGUAAAUCUUUUUGUGCUAGUAAAUAUUUUAUUUAUGUAGCUAUUUUUAUGACGACUAGUAUUUACAGGUUAUGUUUUGGACCAGAGUUUGGAAUUGCCUGUACUAUAGUAGAGUUAAGCGUGUGAAUGGAUAUUCUGUUAAACUAGUUUAUAUUUAUUUCAGGUUACCUAUUCAAAAAUUAAUCUAUAUAAUGUAGUAUAGUUGUUUUUAUUCAUAAAUAUUUAUAAAGCAAAGCAUUUAAUGUGUAAUAUCACUUCAGUUAUCUUUCUUGUUUCUAUCAACAAAAAGAUUACAUUCCCAGUUGUCAGUUGAAUGUGUAAUCAUUAAUUUCAGUGUUUGUGGCAGUGAUAUUUGGGGGGGACUGUGGUUGAAUGUGAAAAAAAGGGAAGGAUGUAUUUGUGUGUUCGCCUUUUAAGUAUAGGAUGAAUUUUAAAAUUGCAGAUCUAGUUAAAUGUUCUACUAUUCUUGCUCAAAAAUACUUCAGUUUUCUGCAACUUACAACAAGAUAGACGGUUGAAAUAACCUUUAUUUCCAAGUAGUAAAUUGGGCAGACGAUACAGUUGGUUUCUUAAACAGGUAAAAGAAGCUGCUAGUCAGCCGAUGAGGACAUUAAUAAUUGUAAAACGAACAUUUGCCCAUUUGCAAAUUGCAAAAUUUGUUGAUCAGCUUAGUAAUCAAGAACUUAUAAAUCAUGGUCCACUCAAAAUUUUAAUCGUGUACUGUAUCAUUUCUGAACAGUUUUUAGUAGUAUCAAAAAUUCCACAUUCCAGAAGGGAAAAGUCACUGGAGUAUCAUUAUAGUUGUCUGUUAGGCUAGAAACAAGGUGUAAAAAUGAGUGUUCAGUUUCAUGUAUGUACCUAACAUACAGUUUCGUCACUGGAAGUAGAAUUCUCAUUAGCUGAUACUGCAGAAAUAGUUAAUAACUGAAAAGCUGAAGUUUGUACAGAUUCUUUCCUUCUCCUGAAGCUCAUAGCACUUUUUGAUGGCUUUUUUUUUCUUUACUCUUUUAAACAAUUACUAAUGAGCAGAGAUUUAAUGUAGACCUGGAGAAGGGAAUGAUGUACGCAUUUUGUGGUUUAUUACCCAGCAAUUGAAGACAUUGUUAUUUAAAGACUGAAGACUGUCAACUAGUUUUGGUUAGUGACUGACUGGCUGACUGUUGUGGGAGAGAAAUUUUGUCCAUAUUACUUAUACUAUUAAAGGGUAGGCUUGUUUCAAGUGUAAACAUAAAGUAAAGGAGGAUCAGAAUGGGUUUGCCAAAGAUGAAAACAUGUCACAGAGUAUUAAGAUAAUGGACUUUAUGUGUGAUUUUUAUUUCCAUAAUUUCUAAAUAAUGUGUUUAUGUAGUGGUAGUAGUAAUCACAUGAAAUGCCGCAGUUUUACGCAGGCUCGUAUAAUUUGAAGUGCUAUCAGAAUAUUGCUGUACACUCCGAAGCUUGUAAUUUACAGAAAAUUGAAGUUGUGCACAUAAUACAUCUGAUGGCAUCCCAGAUCUAUAAAUCUUUAGGCUUGUUUGAUGUAAUUAAUAUUGCAUUCCAGUUUAUCUUGCAGUUACCUAUGUAUGUUUGUGUUAUUCACAUACAGAAAGUAAUAUUUCAGGAAUAUAACGGGUAUUUGAUGUCAAACUUACUUUCUUCCUUUUUUGUUAAAGUCACUCAAGCCUAUUAUAGUGCUAAUAUUUAAUUGAUUCCAGUGUAAAAAAAAUACUGUGUAUAGUGAAUUUUAUUGGUGUAAUUGUCUUUCAAAUCAAAGCUCGUCACAUUCUCUCUGAAUCUCAGUAUGUAAUAUCUUCUGUAAUUUCAGUUAAAUGAAUCUCAUUUAAGUAUAGUUUCCCCUACGUUGCUCUUUUGUAGAGCAUCUGAAACGUUCAUUUAGCGGUGAAAUGGAGGAGAUUGGCAGUAUUGUGUUCUUCAGAAGCUAUCAGCAUUUGCUGUUAUAACAUAUAGGUUCCAGUAUCUCUUUUGUGUUUGCAUGGUUGUUUUAACAAUAGAUUCGUUAAAAACUUAUAUAUCUAGUCCCACAUGACAUUUCCAAGCAGUCAUUCAGCAGCAAAUGUACUGCUUCCAGGACUGGAGUUUCUGAGAACAAAUUGGUCCCCAAACUUUACACUGUGGCAAGUCAGAGGUAGAAAGCAGACAAUUAGUAAAAUCAAAAAUUGGUGCCUUCUGUUAGGACAAGCAGGAGAUGGUUGAAAACCGUAUCAGUACAAAUAAAACAGUACGAACAGUUUUAUCUAAUUUUCAUUGUGUAUUGUGGAUCACAUGAGAAUGGUGUGUAAUAGAGGGAUUUGUCCAGCACUGAGCUGUUUCCAUUUUUCUCCUGUUAUUGCUUUCAUUCUUUAGGCCACCUAGUAUAUUGUCACAGUUUGAAUAUUAUUUGGAAGGGUGCAGAAAUUUUGGUGGAUCAGUCACUUAAUUUCAGUUCAUAAUAAAUUGUGAGAGGUUUUCCUUUUUAAUGUGGGGUUUUUCAUUUCUGAACUGUGAUAGACACAUUCAGUAAUGUCACAGAAGCUGUCUAGCAAAUAAAUAGUGUAAUAUUUGUAAGCAUAAUGCAGCACUGUCCCAUGAUGGGAAGUGAGAAGUGUUAUAUCCUGGCAGGCUUGGCUUGACAGAGGUUACAGUUUUUCUUUUCUUGAAUGCUUCCAUACCACACACAAGAAAUAUUCAGUUGUUUUGUUCUUUGACAUGUUUGCGGAGUUCCAAAAAAUAAUCUUCAGUGCAAUCACAGUAACUUUCUGGGGUCUUGCUGGAUUCCCUUAAAUUGUUUUGUUAAUGUGUUUUUUGUGUAACAUGUUGCAACAAGAAUUUCCCAAAAGUAGCAACAACUUCUAUUACUUGUUGCAUAUUUCAUUGAAAAUUUUGGGAGGUGGGACAUUAAAUUCAAAAGUGAUAAAUGUGAUAGAGAAGCAAGAUGACAAAUUUGAAUUUGUUUCUGUAUAACUGUGUCCUGUGUUUGCAUUCAAGUAUUACUAUUUCAUUGACUUAUACAUUAUUUGAUUGAAAGAUGAGAAGUUUGUCUCAGCGAAGGAGUGCUGUUCACAUGUAAUUCUAACUGCUGCAUUAAGUAUUUCUUUGACAUUAGAUGUGCUCGGGACCAAAGCUGCCACACUGUGGAAGUGACAUAAAAGCGCACAAGUAUGAACUUUUUUCAACCUGCCAUGGUUGUGUAGAUGCACAUCAAAGUUUCAGCAAGAUAAAAGUAAUAUAUGAUUGAGAAAUUUGCUUAAGAACUGCCAGUUGAUUUCAAAGUUUAUUCUCAUAACUCCCUACUGAACAGCAAAUGCAUAUUUCCAUUAAUUAUGUUUGAUCUGUGAAAUCAAGUGGCGGCAUAGCGUGCAAACACUGCAGCUCCUCCUAUCUAUAAAAUUUUACGAACAACAACUUUCCUUGUUUUACAUGCAGUUUUAAUUUAUUUUAAAAUUUCAAAAAUGCUUUCUAUGCCUGUUCUCUCUCAACUUUAUACAUACCCCUAACAAACAAGUGUGUUCACUAUAGUUGAACUCAUCCUUAAUACUGAGCUGUGAAAAGGGACAUAAUGUAACUUGUAAUUUGUGCAUUCCUGCUAUUAGUAGUACACACUUUUUGAAGUUUUUUACAAAAUCAGACAAUUAUAAAUCAUUGGAAACUGUCUGCUAACAAAGACUGGGUCAUAUUUUUGUAAAAAAGGAAGUUGAACUUUGUAAAUGAACUAAACUGAAUAUAAUGACAACCAUAUACCGGAUAUCUUCCCCCUAUUGUGUCAGAAUUUGACUGACAAAUGGUUGAGUUUCGAAAUAAUGUUUGUGUGUUUAAAUAGUGUGUCCAUGGAACUGAGAGCUUUUGUUUUGGGGAUUUGUUUACCUUGUCUGAGGAACUGUUGUGAUCUUCAUCAAUAAAAUACAGUUUUACCGUUUGUAUCUGCUACUGUAAGGAUCCCCAUAGGUAUGCGAAAAGGGGGAAGUUACUAGUAUCAGUUAAGUCUGUUGUUCUCACUGUUAGUAUGAUAAGUGUUAGAUCUUUUGUGUACAAAUUGUAUUUCAAAUUCUGUGUCAUUAGUUGCAUGAGAGAUGUGAACAUCAAAAAAUAAAAAGAAAAAAGAAAUUAAGCCA